ACAGUUUCUGUACAUAAAUUAUACAUAUAUGUGCAUCUAAACUUAACAGAAGCCAGGAGAAGGGCCCUCUAUCCCCUGAAACAGAAAUAAGGAUGAGAAACUCAAAACUGCUCACUGUCCUCUAUAUGAUGUGCCAUCUAUGUGGUCAUGGAUUUGAAGCCCAACUAUCCUUUCAGGAUUUAGGAGUAACUGGAGCUCUAAGUUUAUCACUUCCAAGCAACAACGAUAUCUCAGAUGGUCCAUUCACUGUUCCUGGUGGCGGUAUCCCUUACCUUAUAACGGAAAAUGCAACAGAUAUCUAUAUCUCAGACAACGGAUUAAUCUCACUGAAUGGUCCAUUUGUCGAUCCCCCCGAACAAGGAAGUGACUUCUCUGCAGUAGAUGGGGAAGGAGUAGUUAUAAUUGCUCCAUACUGGUCUGACAAUGACAUACGAUUGUCGGGUUUUAUCACAUAUGAAGAGUAUACGUCUACGCACCAACUUCUAGCUGUGCGUGACAAGUUAGCAGAAGUCAGUGCAUUACUUUCAAGUGUGACAGGGACAGCAUUUAGUGGAGCUUGGAUGUUUCUGGUGGAGUGGGAAAAUUGUUCAUCUUUUCCAGCUGGUUCUAACCCAAUCGAUCCUUCUAUAAAUACUACUUUCCUGUCUUAUACAAAUAAAUAUCAAGCGAUUGUGAUAACUGACUCAGUGUCUCAAUCAUAUGCCAUCUUCAUUUAUGAGUGCAAUGAAAUCGAAUGGAGUGGACUUAACUCAACUUUUCCUCGUGUCGGAAUUUCCAAUGGAAUGGGCAGGUCAUAUACCCACCCUUCAAGUGGCAGUGCAUCAAUUGCUGAUAUUGACUGCGAAAACGUAAAUCCAGGAUCUAACAUUGUCAAUAUCGGGCUGGACUUGACCACCUUUGCACCAUUAGUAAGAGUCUCAGCUAUAAAUUCAAGCAUAUCACUCUCUUCAGUAGUGUCUGAUUCAGUCAGUUCUAGCGAUAUUGCAGUCUUGUCAACUCCAUCGCAAACGCAAUCUCCUCUGGUGCCGAUUUCGGUCAGUUCUAGCAAUAUUGCAGUCUUGUCAACUCCAUCGCCAACGCUAGCUCAGUUAUCAGCAAGUUCUACCACAAGCAUGGCGAUAACUCAAGGAAACCAAUUGCAAGCAACAGUUUCAGUAUUUCCAUUACCCUCAAGCAUACAAAAUGAUACUCCUACUGUUGUUGGAAUCGUUAAUAACCUCGUACCUGUUCAUGUGAUUGUUGUUCCUAUUGUUGUUCUUCUUCUGACACUCAUCGCCUCUCUAAUCGUAAUCUUCGUAUGUUUCUACAUGUAUCACAAGAAGACAGAAAAAGUUGGACCAGAGGACACCCAAACUGCAGCUAUAGUUGAGUAAAGGCUAUAUAUAAUCGUGGAAAGACUAUAAUUAUAAUUAUGUAUCAUGAUAAUAUUACUAUUAUGCGAGUUAAAACUUGUUGUAAUGAAAGUAC